CAACCCACAAAGCCCAUGGACGAUCUUGAUUUCUUGUGAUUUCAGUGAUUUUCGUAUUUUGCUUUUAUAAUUUUUCAUAAAAACCACUUUAGUUAUGUUUUAUAAUUCUCGAGAAUGUUUUAAUUAUAUUCGAUUUUAAUUUCGUGAUCGCGAAGUGUGAAGUGUAACUAGUGUUUCCAAAAUGUCGAACGUAACACCAAACGAUAUGAACAGUUUUUUAGAGAAGAUUACCAAUACGACGGAUACGAAGAUGAAAUUGUUUAUCUGCUCGAAACUGUUAACGUAUUUGGCAGAUUCGAGUAAUUCUAUAGUAUGCCAGGAUAUUGGAUUAUUUAUUGAUACACUGGUCGGCUGGUUACAGAGCAGUAAUUUUAAAUUGAUUCAAAUUGAUUUGGAUAUAUUGACGGAGCUCGUGAACCGUAUGAGAGCAGACUUCCAACCAUACUUGACUACGUUAGUACCUCCGCUAGUUGAUAAAUUAGGUGACAGCAAAGAUACUAUACGUGAAAAAGCUCUAAAUUUGUUUCGCAAAUUAGUAGAACAAGAUGUUGUAACGUUACAAAACCUAUUCGAUAAAAUCGCCGUCGCGUGUUUUUCGCAUAAAAACAGUAACGUACGCGAACAAAUCAUGCAUCUGUUGAUGCUGGUAUUGGACGAAUAUGGUGCUUCUUCGUUGUGUAUUUCUAAACUAGUGCCGCAUAUAGUGAAAUUAUUAAGCGAUCCGAAUGCCGCAGUUCGUGCUACCGCUUUCGAUACGUUGUGUCAUAUUUACAAAUACGUCGGCGAACGUUUAAGGUUGGAUUUACAAAAGAAGUAUUCUAUUCCGCAUAAUAAACUUCCGGCUCUAAUGACCAGGUUUGACGAAAUCAAAGCCACAGCUGACGAUAGUUUAUCAUCUAUAUUUCAAAGUUUAAAAGUCGAAGACGAAACAGAUCAAAGUGAUAAAAGUUCUAUGAAAUCGUACAAUUCGAUAUCGGCUAGUCGUCCUCCGAUCACACCAUCUAGUUUAGGUUUAUCUUCGAUGUCAACGAAAAGUAAACUUUCAUCGUUUCGAAAACCAAACGGUACGAAUAACCAAGCCGGAGCUAUCGACGAAGAUACCUUUUUGAACAGCUUCGAAGACGUGCCCACGGUACAGAUAUUCAGCUCUAGAGAUCUCGAAGAUAAUUUACGAAAGUACCAUAACAUCAUCGAAAACGUCAACGAAGAUUGGAGCAAACGUGUCGAUUCGUUGAAAAAAAUCCGUUCUUUGGUAGUGGCCGGCGCUUUAAAAUACGAAGAGUUUUAUUUACAUUUAAAUUCAUUGUUACCGCCGUUUCACGCGUCUUUGAAAGAUCUGCGAUCUCAGGUUAUUCGCGAAGCUUGCAUAACCGUCGCGUAUUUAUCGAAAAAUCUCGCUUCCAAGUUCGACCAUUUCGCAGAAUCAGUAUUAAGUAGUUUAAUUAAUUUAAUUCAAAAUUCGGCUAAAGUAAUCGCGUCUUCGGCGUUAAUAUGUAUUCGUUUCUUAUUACAGUACACUCACACGUCUCGUUUAAUUCCAAUUAUAGCUAAUAAUCUCAAUUCCAAAUCCAAAGAAAUUAGAAAAGCCUGCUGUGAAUUUAUCUAUUUAAUAUUACAAACGUGGCAUACGAAUUCGAUGGAGAGGCACGCGUCAACCAUACAAGAAGCUAUCAAAAAAGGUAUCGCCGAUGCGGACGCGGAUGCUCGAGCCCAUUCCAGAAACGCGUACCGAGAAUUUUCCAACCAUUUUCCAGAUCUCGGUGAAAGUCUGAAGAAUUCCUUAGACUACCCGUAUCGUAAAUUAUUGAAUUCCAAUUCGAAUAGCGGUUCUAGUACAUCGCUCAGUCGUAUACCAGCCGUUUCGAAUAUCUCAGUCAGAUCGAACAGUGCCAUAGAUCUACAAGCGGUCAAAAGAGCCAAAACCAGAGCUCACUACGCGGCGUUGGCUCGUCAAAAGUUUGGAAAUUCCGGCGUAGCCAGUCCCAGAACCACCAAAAAUUUAACCACUCCUCAGUCAAACGAUCAAAGGGUCGGUCGUACCAAAAGUCGAAUUUCAAUAUCGCAGCCAACUAGUCGUUCCGGUUCGCCAUCCUCCAGAUUGAGUUAUACCAAUUAUUUAUGCAGCAGUGGAAGUAUUUCGAGAUCCUCGAAACGUAAUCUAAAACCAACGUCAGCUCAAAAGAUCCUUCAACAGAGUCGCGAGGCUGAAACCGAACUAGCAGCAACUUUAGGCUCGCCGUCGUCGUAUUCGUUUAAACUAUCGAGAGGUCUAGACGAUCACAGCGAUGAAAGCGAAACGUCCAGCAUCUGCUCCGAACACUCUUUCGAUUCGUAUCGUCGACCAUCCGAUACAAUGUCGUGGAACGGAUCGCAGCAUCGGCUGUACCGAGACUACCGAGAACCGACGCUAAAAGAUAUCGGCGAAAUCAUCGCCAACUGCGAAAACGCUCAUUGGAACGAGAGACGCGAAGGUCUACAAAGUCUUCAGUACUACUUGCAGGACGGCAAUAAAUUGGAAUUAUCGGAUUUAAAACGUAUUAUGGACGUGUUUACGAAAAUCUUCAACGAUCCGCAUAUUAAAGUAUUCAGCUUAUUUUUAGACUCGUUGAACGAGGUAAUUCGUAGCCAUAACGAAGACCUGUGUUAUUGUCUACAUCUGCUGCUGACCAGGCUGUUCAACAAGCUGGGCACCGAUUUACUCAACUCGGUGUAUUCGAAGAUCAUGAAAACUUUAGAUAUCGUAUUCGAAUCGUUUCCGGCCGAGUUACAGUUGCAAUCUGUUUUUCGUUUUUUGGUCGACCCAACUCAGACGCCUAAUUCGCGCGUUAAAUUAGCCGCUUUGAAUUACAUCAUUAAGCUAACCACAGUCGUAGAUCCGUGCAACGCUUUCAGCUCGAAUACCAUCGAUGCCAGCAAAGAUUACCCGACCAUGGCGCUGGAAAAGAUGGUCAGCUGGACGAUGACGGAUAAUUUGAAAAUCGGACCGGAGCUGCGUCGCGUAGCUCGCGAAACUGUAUUAGCCUUGUUCAAUCUGCAUCCUUCGCAGGUCACUCGAAGGUUCUCCACCAUGUCGAAAGAUCUGCAAGAGGCAGCGGCGACCAUAUGCAAGAAUCGUAGCUUUAGCAGCGAUAACGAUUACUCGAGAUCGAGCGAUACCAUCGAUACGUCGACGCCGAACACAUUGUACAGCUGUAGCAGCGGCGGAGGGGGUAGUGGCAGCGUCGGUAGGACCAAGUUUACCUUAGAUAGGGAACAUUUGACGCCGUACGAUAACGGAAUCGGGACCGCGGAGAAAGACAGAAGCAUCGCCGAAUACCAAAUCAAAGAUAACGACGUGUUGAAAACGUGCAUCGAAGAAUUAUCGCAUUGCCCGGCCGAAAACCUAUCGCAUCGUAGGGAAUUAAUUAACAAGAUCACGUCCGUCGUGCAAAACAGCCCGUCCGAUGUGAUCAUCAGUAAUUUUAAAUCACUGCUGUUGACCAUCUGCAGCCUUCUGGUGCCCAACGAAUCGCCGACCGUUAAAGAAUUAUCGUUUAAUUUAUUGCAAAUCAUAGCCAAAAGGAAAACGGUCACGUUUUUGUUGAAAAACAUCAGCGAUUUGGUUAUCACGAAGACGAUCGCGUUGGCCAACGAUUCCUCCAAGGAUGUGGUGAAAGCGGCCGAAAAUUGUGCCAUAACUUUGGCUACCUUCCUGCCAGCCGAAUCGGUCAUCAGGGUUGUUGUACCACUGAUCACCUCCGAAGACCCGCCAGCCAAAUUGGUGGCCAUCAAAAUGCUCACCAGAACCGUAGAAUGCUCCGACGGAGCGAUAGCAAUGGCUGAAAUUGACCAUAUCAUGAACGCCCUGCUGUCAGCCUACAACGACGACGAAUCACCUAUUCGAAAAGCAGCUGUGUUUUGUAUGGUCGCCUUACAUAAGCAAUCCGAAGAAAUGAAAGCUUGUCUAGAACCUUAUUUUAAUCGAUUACAAGGAGCUAAGCUCAAAUUGUUGCAGUUAUACAUUCGAAGAGCCGAACAAGGUUCUUCGAUUCCUACAUCUCCUAAAAACCAAUAAAACUUUGGUAGUUGUGAAUUUCUCCAUAGUCUGAUGUAAACUAGAUUGAUCGCAAUCGAUUAUGUAUUAUUAUUACGAUGGGUUGUUUGUUUGUGUGUGUGUUUUUUUCUUCUUUUCGUAUAAACGUUUUACUUCGAAUUGUUAUUUUCAAAUCGAAAAUAUCUAAUGUUUGAAAUCAUCACUAUAGAGUUGAACUUUUUUUUUCGUACUUUCGAGUGAUCAAAUACCAGUUUAAUUAGUCGUAGCGAUAUUUUUGAAUUUUAUUUUUUCAUUUUGACGAAUUAUAUUAUGGCUAAUGUCGUGAGAAAUGUUAUGAUAAUUUGCUAUAAA